AUGGGAAACUCGAAUAGUUCGCAGAAGAUCUCUGCCCAGGAUCGACUGCACCAAUACCAGCGACGAAUAACCGUCCUAACAGACCGCGAAACGGAAAUCGCCAAGGAAUGUCUCGCGCGCAAUGAUCGGCGGCGAGCACUACUUGCCCUCCGACGCAAGAAAUAUCAACAGUCACUCCUUGAGAAGACAGAUGGACAACUUGCGCAGCUGGAGCAGUUGACUGGGCAGGUGGAGUUUGCGCUUGUGCAGAAGGACGUGCUGUUUGGAUUACAGCAGGGCACAAAGGUGCUGCAGACCAUCAAUAAGGAGAUGGGGGGUAUUGAGGGUGUUGAGAGAUUGAUGGGGGAGACCGAAGAGGCAAGAGCUUAUCAAGAGGAGGUGAGUCAGAUGCUGGCUGGUCAUUUGACGAAUCAAGACGAGGAUGAGGUUGAGGAUGAGCUGGAGGCUUUGCAGCGUGAACUUGCUGGUCCUGAAAUCCUGCCUGAUGAUGUCGUAUUUCCAAGCCCGCCUACUGCUGAAAUGCCGGUUGAAGAGUCGGUGCCGGAGUUGACUCAAGGAACCAAGGCUAAGGCUGAGACUCGGACGGCUUUGCCUGCUCAGUAG